AUGAUGCGUUCCAUAUCCGCCCUCGAGAGGACCAACCCCCCGCCGCGGCGGAAGUCCUGCGCUGCCUGCAUCAAGGCCAAGCGCCGUUGCGACAACGGGCAGCCAGCGUGCCUGCGAUGCAGCCGGAGGCGUAUCACCUGCCAGUACCCUUCCAACUCUACAGGCGGAACAGGUAUGGCCACCGCCCCAGCUACCCCAGGGGCGGAGAUCACCGCCCUAGUUCCCAGUGCGCAGGUCCCAAGCUCUGACGCUGUCGCGGAGAACCAUAUGCCGACAUGGACGCAGCCGCAAGACUCCAGGCCUUCAUACGCCACCGCACCACUGCAGGAUAUGGCGGACACGGAUAAUCUGUCAAACGCCGAGAUACUAUGGGACUUUCUGCCACCGACGACCGUGACCCUCGGCGGCCACUCGGCCAGUGCCAGCCUCACACCCGCGGCGCAGCAGCCGACGCCCGCGCCGCCGGCGUUUAGCGUCCUGUCCAACUCGUCCACCCUGAGGACGGUCGAAAUCGUCGCCAAGAUCAUCGACACGCGCCUGCUGUACGGCCUCGAGGCGAUCAAGGCCGCCCCGCGGCAGAUGGUCCUCGAGAUGCAGACGCCCUGGGCGCACGCGUCGCUGUACCGCGAAGGGAUGCCGCGCUGCAUGCUCGACGCCGUCGGCUGCUGCGCGCUGUACAUGGCCAAGACCGAGGCCAACGCGGCCGUCGUGUUCAGCGCCAUCGACGCGCGCGUGCGCGACAUCGCCGGGGAGCCCGAGCCCGCUGCGCCCGCCGAGAAGCUCGCGCGCGCGCAGGCGCUGCUGCUGUACUACAUCAUCCGCGCGUUCGACGGGGACAUCAGCGCCCGCGCCGCGGCGGAGCGGUCGCGCCCGGCGCUCGAGAACGCGACGCUGUCGCUGCUGUCGUACAUGACGUUCGAUCGGCCCGACGGGGAGACGUCGUGCGGCGGCGGCGAUGGGGGUGCCGGCGGUGGUGGGGCACUGACGGAGCGGCGCGUCCUGCCGCUGCACCCCAUCGGCCCGACGCGCGACUUCUGGGCCUCGUGGGUGCUCAUGGAGUCGACGCGCCGGACGUUCCUCACGACCUUUAUCACGCUGCAGAUGUACCGCCUGCUCGCGGGCGACCUGCCGCUCGACUGCGACCCGAACCUGUACCUGUGCCACUCGUGGACGCUGUCGGCGCACCUGUGGACGGCGGCCGACGCCGUCGACUUCGCCGUCGCGUGGCGCGACCGGCGGCACUUUGUGUCGACGGCGACGAACCUGGCCCGGAUCAUCACCGAGGCGCAGCCCGACGACUACGACACGUUUGGCAAGAUUGUGCUGACGGGGUCGCUGGGGAUCGAGGAGUCUAAAGGGCUGUUUGCUAGCCGUGGAGGCGUGUUGUGA